CGUUUGAUUCUUGAAGACAACCAUGCCCAAGGGAGACUCGAAAGGCAAAGGCGGUCGAGGAAAGCGCGGGCAACAACCUCGCAAAAAAGGUGAUUAUGCAACGCUUUGUUUCGUACUUGGUAUCUUUUUGUUAUAUUGGUUUAUAACGUAUUUUCAACUGAAAUUGUGAAUCGGAUCUUAGCUUUGGAAGUGCCCGAUCUUCGUCGAGUGCUUUCGUUCUUCACAAUCAAUGGCGCGCGUUGAUCAUCAUAAAUUUGUUUUCGCGCUCGUCUUUAGCCACAUAUCGGCUUGGUUUCUAGACUGGAUUCUUUAAUCUGUAGCCGUUUAAUGUUUGACUUUAUUACUUAUUGCGUGUUUAGGACGAAGAGGAGACGAGGAAAGCGACGAUGAGGAUUUGGAAACCCAAAGUGUAGCAAGUUAUUCAUCAACACCGGGAACCCACAGUGGCGAAGAAGGUAAGAGAUCGGAGUUUUUCUGCGUUCAACACGUGACUGCAAGGCGACGCGAAUUAUACCUCGCAAACUGCGCCUAUUUAUCAACAUUGCUGCUUUUUGUUGAAGUUUUUUAACUCCAGUUUUAUUACAAUAGCUGAUGGUUUAGACGAGGGCGGAGAAGAAGACUACGAAGACGACUUUGAACAAGUUUUGGCUGAUUGCAUUGAUAGAGCGACACAGAAAAGGUAGCGAAAAUCUUUGCACGUUAAGAUCAAUUCAGAUCAUAUCAUUACAUCACAUUCUAUGAAACACUAUGAUUUAUAUGAUGCGAUGUUAUAAUCUAGGUUUUGUUAUUAUUUUGGUUAUUUUUUAUGUUAACUCUUUGUCGCACGUGGUAAUGCACUUACUAGCACCGUUGACGCGUUUCGAUUAUUCAUAUUUCUCAUUUUUUGCGACUUUGUGAAAAGAGCUUAAGUGACUUCUUCUUCUUAGCGAACAAAAGUUUUCUGUAUUAGCUAGCAAAUAUAUUAAAAGUGUAGAAAUCCUAUUUCGUAUCGAUUCAGUUUCGUUAUGUUGCUUGAGUGUAAGUGAACACGUUUCUUGUUGUUUUCCAGACGUCGAAGUUUAUAGCAAUUUACAUCACGUUUUUGUUCUUAAAUGCUUUUUUUAGCGAAUUCCGUAAUGACAUAUUUCACCAGAGCCCAAUAUUCACUGAAAUGUAAUUUGGACCGUAACGGUGACUUAGCUUACUCAGCAUUAAUUUCAUAUGCACUGUUUUGUAAACAUAUUAUCGUUUUGUAUAGCAACCUCCUUAGCUCAUAUUGUAAUAGGGCAAUUCUUGUACGAGUACAAAGGUUGGGUUGACUAUCACUGGAUAUCUUCUGUUUCAGUGCGCAAGGGAGGCAAUCUGCAUUGUUUGCUAUCCAGAAGGCUCUGAAAUCCAGAAUUGUACAUGAAUUUCUUUCUGACAGGUUUGUUUUGAAUGAAGUUAAUAUGAAUUUGAAUUUGAAUUCAUGGGGUCAGGCAGCCUGCCAGCUGAGCCUUUUUUUCACUUGUUUGAUUUUGGUGUGCUCAAGAAAGAAUCUGCAUGAAUUGAGUAAGAUCUUUGUUGAGCAUGUGCUGGGAUAAACUUGCAAUCCCAGGCCUCAUAACUGUGUUCUCAGCUACGACCAUUGGUUUAUCCACAGGUAACCCAGGCUCAAUGUUUGUGUCACAUAUUGGUUUCAUAACAUGAGUAAAUAUGGAGAACAUAUUGGGCGAAGUUUAGGUCUGGAAAUUUACUAGAAGAUGGAAAUAAAAAUCGAUGAAACUUACCAUUUGGCGAGUUGUUGUUGUCCUUAAUAUGCACACAAAGUUUUGGGAAAAAUAGUCUCCUUCAUCUUUCCUACUUAGUAGAGUGGCAAGGUAGGAGGCUGACAGCAGCGUCAGGGCUACGAUGGACCCCAAAUGAGCAUGAUUUUUUUCGCGAAAAUCAAAUCAGUGGAUUCAGGGUUUAGAGAAAUUCAUGUUCCAAGAGCCUGGCGUGUUUAUUCAGUGACUUGAUUAGAUUUUCGCGAAAAAAAUUGUGCUGGUUUGGGGUCGAUCGGAGCCUUGAUGCUGCUGUCAACCUCCUACCUUGCCACUAUACUAUGUAGGAAGGAUGAAGGACUAUUUUUCCUGAAACUUUGUGUACAUAUUAAGGACAACAACAACUCACCACAUUGUGAGUUUCAUCAAUUUUUAUUUCCAUUUUCUAGCAAAUUUCCAGACCUAAACUUCGUCCCAUAUGUUCUCUAUAUUUACUCAUGUUAUGAAACCCGUACGUGACACAAACCGUGAGCCUGGGUCAACUGUCGUUUAUCAAUAAACUGAUGCUUACACUCGAAAAACUAGUUUGAGGAGAGAGAACAAGAUUGAGUAGGCCAUAAGUUGGGGCUUCAGCAACUUCAAAGGCUUGAUGUGAUUCAGGUGGAGCCUCGGUUUUUCUCCUCACUUAUACCAGUAGUGUGAAGGUCAGGAUGAACAUUGAUAUAUUAUAAAGACUAUCAUAACUAAUGGAUGACACAAUAUUAGGAGUUUGUAAGGAGCCUUCGCCCUUUUUAUUGAUGAAAAAUACAUCAAUACUUCCUCUUCAUUCUUUCAGGAAAGUAACCAUUGUGGAUUGCAUUGAAAAGUGUGUAAAAAGAGGUAAGAAAGAAUCUAAAGUUCUGUAAAUAAAUUUGUUUUAGUAGUUUACUUUAACAGGUAGAUUUUACUCAACGUUUUAGAUUUCCUCACUUAUAGUAUGUGUUUUAACUAAGUUAGCUGUUUCACUUCUAUGGGAUAUGAUAAGUAAUGUCAUUCUUACUUCUGCAUAUACAGGCAGAAUCUUUUUAGUGAUACCAUUCCGGAGCUCAAAAUAAAUUUGGGAGAGUUGCCAGUCGUGUUGAGCGACCAAAUAAUUUUAAGUGUGUGAUCAUGUGUCUCUUCUGACCCGUCUAAAUGUUAAAAAUAACACUAUAAUAAAUUAAAAGUACUAGCCAGCUGUACUAACAUGAUUGCCCUCUUGAAAUGUAAUGGUGUGAAAAAUGACUGGUAAGCCAAAAAGUUUUUCUGGACAAAUGGUUAUCUCAGCCAGACGUAUGUUGUUGACUGUCUGUUAUUUUGAGCUCUGCCAUUCAAAUGAAGACUCUGGCAUAAAUUUUGCACAGUACUGUUUAUUUCUUAGAAUUAAACAAAAAGAAAAAAUUAAAUUUUUGAAAAUUUUCCUUAGGUAUCUGUGAUCAGUAAAAGUGUUGAAGUAUGGUUGACGGAAAUGAUGUUAAUUUAUUAUUGUUAAUAGGUACCAAAGAGGAUCGCGUGUUAGCAUCCUCCAUUGCAGUGCUACUGUGUGUUCAGUUUGGAGCUGGGUCAGAAAGCGAGGAUGUGUUUAGAUCAAUGAAGCCUCAUUUGAUCACUGUCAUUCAAGAUCAGACAGCUGGAUCCGUUGCUAGGGCUAGUGUAAGAGAGACAGUCAUAUGUUUUGAUAAAAAUGUGAUGGUAAACUUUAAGCCUGGUAAAUAAACAAGAAAGAUGUCAUUCAGUCAGUGACAUAGGAGGCUGAAACACACAUCAAUAUGAGGCAAAUUCAUUUUUCCCAGAAGCAAUUUUUUAAUACUUAGCUGCUUAUUACAAAUGUCCUCCAGAACAGAAAUAAUGACAAAUUUAUUAUUUUUCUCUUUCAGUUUUCUUCUUCUUAUUAUUUUUAAUUGGAAUGUGUUGUUCUUUGUCAUUUUUCCUAGUGACACUUCCAUUAAUACCACGCUAAAAAUAAAGAUACUAUAAAACAAACCAACUAGCCUGCGAGCAAGCUCUCCUAUUUGGGCGAGUUAAACGAGUCUCGCGAGAGUGCGCGAGCGAGCGGCAAAGCCGCGAGGGGCAGAGGAAAGGAGAGCUUGCAACCAUCCCUUACAAAUUUUCAUUUGUACUUCGCCCAGACGAAGGAAAAUACCAUUGGCUGAAAAAUGACGUUCCGGAAAUCAAAGUUGACUGAUAACAGGCCAAGCUGGCACCUGCUUCGUCGGUGUGUCAAAUUUGGUUCUCAGGGGGAUCAGAUUGGUACCGAGAACUUGUUUCAGCCCUCAAUGCAGACGAGCUCGUUUGAUGUAAUUCUCGCAAAGAGAAUAUUGUGUGCCGAGGAUAAGUCGGACCGAGUUUGUAGUUCUUGUCGAAGGAAAAUGAAAACCCUUCAUCAGUUGUAUUCAUUUGUGUCAAGCGCCUUGUUUAGUUCUGAAAACCGGGAGAGUGAAGUGAAGAGUGAUUAAAGCGCAGUCUUCCAACAUCGGUUUCUUCGCCCGAUUGAAUUCUAUUCUGGGUAGAAAAAUUCAGAAACGUGUACUUGACAGUGUAGCUGUGUAGCUUGAUCGUAAAGAAGGAAAAGAGAAAGAAUUGGAAGGAACUGGAGUAAACCCUAAGAGAACCAAGUGUUUAGUCCAAAUUUUAUUUUGAUUUAUUUUUGCGUUCACUUCCUUUUUGGACACUACGUGACUACUUAUAUCAUGUUAGUUUCGGAUGGUCACAUGACCACAGCAAAACCAGAUCACCACGUGUUUUCAAGUGUAGUGUUAUAGAGCAAAUGUUUUGAAUUUCUCAUCGAUUGCAUCGCACAGAAUGUAAGUAGUUUUCGCUCUUUAGUGUCGCUUUAGGUUUAUUUAGGUUUUCUUUAGGUUUAUUUGUCAUUUUUGCUUAUUUUAUGUUCAGUUUUCACCGUUCAUGACCAGUGAUCACCGAUCGAACCAAGCACGAGAAACUUGGCGAUUAAAGACAGAUUAAUAGUCCAAUCAACGCGUCGAAAUUUCUGUGUCGACCCCAACAUUGUGAAAAAUUCUGCAAAGUACGAAGAGAAAACUGUGUUUUUCACCUGGAUUUUCGAGAAAACGAACGCUCAGAACCGACCGAACGGAAUCGCAGGAAUCUCUGGACUGGACCGCGCGAUAGUGGAUCGCGGAAUGGACCCUGAGGACUCAGCGAGAGGAGCAGUUGGAUACUCCCACGCCAGGACCCCGUACCAAAUACUCAAAUUGAUUUUAGUGAACUUGUGCAUCAACGCGAAAUAAGGGAACAACGCAGACUUGCAUCUUUGUGGAACAAGGAAUCUAAAGAAGUUGCCUUUGAAACACAGCAGCUCCAAACUCUCCUCUACACUAAUUGGGAGCACUUGUCCGCCCAAGAAAAAUAGUAGAUCGUUUAGCUAUCAUUUGAAAUCCUUUGAGACUGUACACUCAAGUACCUGCCAGGCAUACGUGACAGCAAACGACUACAAGAAGUACAGCAAAGGUUCAAGUCCCUCAAAGAACAGAUGAUGUUUACAAUAGAAGAAUGCGAAACGCAAAUACGGACUGAUCAAGAAACACAAGAACGUGAUGAUGAAAGCUCCAUUAAAAGUCACAAGUCGCACCAGUCUCAGAGCUCCACUACUUCAAGAUCCUCUUCGUCCCGGAAAGAAAGGUUUAGAGCCAUGCUUUUAGCAAAAAGAAAUUGGAGUUAGCGAAGAGUAGGGCACAAGAGGAAGCUGAGUUGGCGAAGAGUAAGGCUCAACAAGAAGCCGAAUUGGUCAAAGCAGAGCAUGAGCGGAGCGCAAAGAAGGAAUUGAGACUACUCGAGGACGAAGCCGUUCUAGCUGAACUGGAUUGGAAGAUUGAAAAUGAGUUCGACGAGGAAACUGGUGUUGUUAAUGGUGUGGACAAUAUUGUUCAGACAACCUAUCCCAUUGAGGAGAAACCACUGGGACAGUCACCUCAAAUUCAACUUGAUGAUUCAGAACCCCGAACACCAAAAAUCCCAGCACCGACACCCAAACCUUCACUGCCUCUUAUACCUGUCAGUUGCUCCACCCCCCAAGACACAGCACCUGGUUCGUGCAAGGAAAAGCCAGCCACUGAGGUCAAAUCCAAUAUUGCCGAUACUGCAAACAAGGGAGCACUGCCAGUCACUGAAUGUCAGCAGCCACCAUACCAAGCCCCCACGAACCUUCCAGUAUAGACCUAAGUCUCAGCCAGAAGACAAAGUAAUAGAGCAAGCCCCUAAAGACCAUGUAGCAGCCAUGUGGAAGGUACAGCUUCUGAACGGAAUCUCUCCUACACCCUUUAAUGGCAACCCAGCAGACUUCCCGUUCUUCAAAGAACAAGCACAUACUCACCUUGAAAGUGAGCUACUAACUGAUGCGCAGCGGGUAGAGUACUUACCGAAAGUUCCUGAAAGGAGAAGCCUUGGAGGUCAUCAAAAGAAACCGAGGCUCCUCCUAUAGUGAGCUAAUGAAGAUCUUAGAGGAACGCUUUGGUCGCCCUAUUCAGGUGACGCAAGCCUGCAUCAAGAGUUAGUCUCAGGCCCCAAACUUGCCUAUGGUGACAACAUGGGUCUGCUUAAUUUUGCCGAGAAGCUGAACACUUCAACCAAGGUUCUGAAGGGAGAUGUGGAACGCGAAGCAAGCGUAGCUACCAAUUUAAGAAGAAUCGUAAACAGACUCCCAAAUGAUUUAAUCACCAAGUGGCAGACCGAAAACUAUUUAGAUUGUUAGCCGUGGUGGAACUGCACGACUAAAGGACAUUGCAAAAUUCGUGAAAAGGCAAGCGUCAAUAAGGAAUGACCCAGUGUUUGGAAUGCAGCCGCAAAGGGAGAAAACAGGACAAACAAGUCCCCCAAAGCUUCUAAAGGAUCGGACCUGCCCACCUAAAAAACGCUACGAUCAACGCCACAUCGCUUAAGAACGCCCCAAGAAAGAGAACUCUGCAAACUGUGCAAUUUGCAAGUCUACUCCCCACCGACUCCAGGAGUGCCCAAUCGUCAAACAGUGUGACCGUGUAGCCGCAUGCGUCGACAAUACGCAGCAUCGUAUGGGUUCUGCUUUAACUGUGGUUGCCAUAAUCCCGAUCACAGUGGUACUUCCUGUCCUGAGCCACCAGCUUGUUCUCUGUGUCCUGGACACCACUUACCAAUACUGCAUAGGGACAACAACAAUGGACGAGAACUCCUGGAAACAAGAACACUCAUAACCCCACUAACCGAUACAGUACUCCGACUGCUGACCCAAUAACCCGCAACCACAAAUGGAGCAAGGCACAAGACAGCCGCCCAGCGACAGGCCACAGACUUCGAUUACAUCUGCCGUGUCAGCACCACAAGAGCCCAAGUUUUGUUAAAUGUAGUUCCUGUAACCAUUACUGCAGAGAACGGUGGUUCCCUUUCUACAUAUGCAUUUCUUGACAAUGGGUGUACCGAUACCCUCAUUGACAAAGAGCUUGCUGAUCAUCUUGACCUGAAAGGGAUCUCGAGCAAAUCGGGAUUAAGACUAUUACGAACAGUGAGGAGCUGGUGGAGAGUCGACGCGUUUCCUUUACUCUCAGUCCUGUAGAAGCAUAUGGUGAAGACAUUGAAGUUAAUGAAGCUUACGCUUCCCCUGACCUGAACCAAUCAGAACGAGUUUUGCCGGGACAGUAGAUGUCCAUAAGUAUCCGCACCUUCAAGACCUUACAUUCCCAGUGGUGGACUUUAAACGAGUCUCGAUCAUUGUGGGGAGUAACGUCCCUGUUGCACACUUGCAGAAGGAAGUCAGAAUCCCGAAAGACAACAAGAGCGGCCCCUCACGGUUAUCGGUACCCUCUCGGUUGGAGCAUUUCAGGUCCAUUGACUAUCGCUGGGACAAGAAGAGCUGAGCUCAAUUUCAUCUCUGUUGGACACAAACCUGACGACUUUGUUGAAAGGUUUUGGAAGAUCAAGACUAUGGAACAUUGAAAGCAGGAGAGAAGCCCUUAUCUGUGGAAGACAAACGAGCCCUAAAAAAUCAUUGAAGAAACUUCUACCUUGUAGACGGGCAUUAUGAAGUUGGCCUACUAUGGAAGGAAGAUCAGCCAAAGCUGCCAAACAAUCGCAUUUUAGCUGAAAGACGAGCAGAAUUGCUUAGACGACGCCUGACCAAAGCAGGAAAUGAGCAAAUGGCUGCUAAGUACCGUGGAGUCAUGACUGAGUACAUCUCAAGGGCUAUGCACGCAAAUUGUCCCCUGAAGAAGCAGCUAGAGAAAGCUCGAUAACUUGGUACUUGCCUCAUCAUCCAGUGACCAAUCCCAACAAACCUGACAAGCUCCGUAUCGCCUUCGAUGCCGCAUCUGAGUAUGAAGGAACAUCUCUAAACAAGAAUCUCGCUCAAGGGCCAGACAUGACAAACAGUCUCGUUGGUGUGCUGCUGCGAUUUCGACAGGGGCAUGUAGGGGUAGCCGCUGAUGUCGAGGCAAUGUUUCAUCAAGUGCGUGUGCGUAAACAAGAUCAAGAAGCUCUACGAUUCCUCUGGUGGACAGAUGAUUACGACAAACCCCGGAUGUCUAUGUUAUGGAAGUACACAUAUUUGGAGCAACCUCGUCCCUUGCGUUGCAAAUUCGCCCUGAGAAGAACAGCCAGUGACAAUGCUGAAAGGUUCAACCCGCAAGUUGUUGCAACUGUUGACAGGAACUUUUAUGUUGACGAUGCUCUGCCAUCCUUCAGUGAGGAGAAUGCAGCAUCUACUGUAGCAUCGGACCUAGUGAAAAUCCUGAAUCACGGUGGCUUCAACCUUACAAAAUUCAUGAUUUAACAGUAAGAAUGUUUUGGCAACCAUUCCCACCGAGAAAAGAGCCUCACCAGAUCUGAAUCUUGACUUAGACGAACUGCCAGUGGAAAGGGCGCUUAGGAUUCGCUGGUUUGCUGAAACAGAUGAGCUUGGAUUUGACAUCAAGAACUUGAAUCGACCCGAAACAAAGCGUGAGUACUGUCCGCCGCUUGUUCCCUGUAUGACCCUCUUGGGUUUGCUGCGCCUGUGGCCCUUACUGCCAGAGUAAUUAUCCAGGAUAUGUGGAAGGCUAAGGUAGACUGGGACCAGCCACUCAAGAAAACUUCUUAGCCAGAUGGAAGUCUUGGACCUCACAGCUGUCAUCCCUCUCUGCACUGCGCAUCCCACGUUGCUACUUGCCAGCUGGAACAGAUGCUUCCAAAGGCAAACUACAGCUGCAUGUCUUCUCUGAUGCCUCUGAAAUUGGCUACGGUGCAUCUGCGUAUCUAAGAGUCGAGAAUCCAGAUGGGUCCAUUCACUGCUCGUUUGUUGUGGGGAAAGCAAGAAAUGCACCUGUCAAGUUCACAAGCAUUCCAAGGCUAGAACUCCAAGCUGCUGUUCUGUCUACACGCUUGAAUAAGAUGCUGAGAGAAGAGUUGGACCUUCCUAUUCAGAGCACCAAGUUCUGGACAGACAGCGAAAUAGUUCUCCACUACUUGAAGAAUGAAAGGCGUCGUUUCCAGACCUAUGUCGCUAAUCGAGUCGAAGAAAUCAGAGGAAACUCACAGCCAGACGACUGGAACCACGUGCCAGGUGUCUUGAACCCAGCCGACGAUGCGCCACGUGGCUUGAACCCCUCUGAGCUAAACCUUGAUCACCGCUGGCUACGAGGACCAGAGUUCUUAUGGCAACCUGAAUCCUUUUUGGCCCAACGCGAGCCUUCGACAAGUCCCCGAUGAAGGCCUAGAGCUUAAGAAAGAAACCCAUGCUAACUGUACUGACAUAAACACCAAUGUCAAGACCCGCCAGGCAAGCGUACAGUCUAAUUGCCCCCGCCACACCUGUUGAGACCACCAUGCAACAAAUAAUAAGCACCUCCUCUGAUUGGAACCGUCUCAGACGCCAAGUGGCUUGGCUCACACGCUUCACUCAUUUCAUCCGUGACCGGAAGACUGUCCACACAGGUCAUCUGACUUUAGAAGAUUACGAUGCUGCUACCUUAUCCAUCGCAAAGAUCGUCCAGCACGCAGCCUACGAUCAAGAGAUCAAGGAUCUAAAGACCAGGGGCGGUCAGGGGAUCCAGUAAGAUCGCUAGUUUGAACCCAAUGCAAGACGACCAUGGUGUUUUGAGAGUCAAGGGACGAUAGCAUCACCACCAGCUGCUGACACUGCCAGGAAUCAAAUAAUACUGCCCAGAGAUCAUCCAGCGACAGUCCUGAUGGUCCGCCACACCCAUGCAUCAAUUGGUCACCUGGGGCGUGAACACCUCAUAGCAAGGGUUCGAGAGACGUUCUGGAUCCCACAAAUAAGGGUGUUAACUCGUUCUGUCCUGGGUCGGUGUCUUGUUUGUAAGAAGUUGAAUGCCAAGCCGAUGACUCAGCAAAUGGCUCCCCUGCCAAGAAGCCGGAUGAUGGCGUCAUUUAACCCCCAUUCUCCUACACAGGAAUGGAUCUAUUCGUCCUUUAUACGUCAAGCAUGGAAGAGGAACAGCCAAACGGUGGUGCUGCUUAUUUACCUGCCUAACGACACGUAGUGUACAUCUUGAAUUGGUUCACUCGAUGGACACAAACGACUUCAUAAUGUGUCUGCGACGAUUUAUGAACCGUCGUGGUGAAGUGACUGAACUAAGGUGUGACAGAGGAUCAAAUUUUGUUGGCGGUGAACGAGAGCUGAGAGAGUCGAUCGAGCAGUGGAACCAGCAACAAAUUGUGCAAGAGCUUCUACAACGAGGGUGCAAAUGGGUCUUCCAGCCGCCAACUGCUUCUAGCAUGUCUGGGAUUUGGGAGCGGAUGGUGCGGUGCUAAGACUGUUCUGAAGUCUAUCCUAGGGACCCAAGUAGUUACGGAAGCAGUUCUUCAGACGCUGUUGACUGAAGUUGAACGAGUGUUAAAUGGGCGAGCGCCACCGCCAAUUCAGACGACCCAAAUGACCUUCAGCCACUCACGCCAGCGCAUUUCUUAAUGCAGAGGAAGACUAUCUGCCUACCCCUGGCAUAUUUGAGAAAGCAGAUCAGUAUCACAGAAGGAAAUGGAGGCAGGUACAAUUUCUGGCAGACCUAUUUUUGGAAGAGGUGGUUGCGUGAGUAUUUACCUACCCUGCAAGCCCGAGGAAAGUGGAGAAAGGUCUUACCUAACCUGAAGUCAAGGCCCUUGUCCUGUUAGUUGAUGACAACGUGCGAGAGGAUGCUGGAAACUUGGACGAGUCCUAGAGGUCUUCCCUGGCCCCGACGGCCUGGUGCGCACAGCGAAAGUCAAGACAAAGGACUCUGUGUUCAUCCGACCUAUUCAGAAGCUAUGCCUACUGGAGAACGAUCUUGAGAAUAAUUAGUCUAGGCUAGUGACGUUGGGCCUACCUACUGGGUUGUCCCAAGGCCGGUGGAAUGUUUAGUCCAAAUUUUAUUUUGAUUUAUUUUUUAUGCUCACUUCCUUUUUGGACACUACGUGACUACUUAUAUCAUGUUAGUUUCGGAUGGUCACAUGACCACAGCAAAACCAGAUCACCACGUGUUUUCAAGUGUAGUGUUAUAGAGCAAAUGUUUUGAAUUUCUCAUCGAUUGCAUCGCACAGAAUGUAAGUAGUUUUCGCUCUUUAGUGUCGCUUUAGGUUUAUUUAGGUUUUCUUUAGGUUUAUUUGUCAUUUUUGCUUAUUUUAUGUUCAGUUUUCACCGUUCAUGACCAGUGAUCACCGAUCGAACCAAGCACGAGAAACUUGGCGAUUAAAGACAGAUUAAUAGUCCAAUCAACGCGUCGAAAUUUCUGUGUCGACCCCAACACCAAGUGCAGGAAAAUGCUUUUCUCCAGUUCCAGACGGACAAAUAUAUGAUGUUUUUGUUGGUGAUUGCGAUGGGGAGUAGUCUUCUACACUGCAGUAUGGACGACUUUUCAAAAGUAAACGAAACGAGAAUCAAAGUAGUGAGUUCUUAUCCGAGCUGACACGUUGAAGUUCGAUGUCCCCGUGAAGAAAAAAGCAUAUAAGUGAUUAAAAACAUUGCUUUGAUGCUGUUGUGAAAGCGAUUUGUAAAUAAAUAAUUCUACGCACCCUUGGCUGUCUAAACUUACUUGACAGGCGGUUGUCACUUUUCUAAUCUGCGGCAUGUUUGCGGUGACAGUUUUCACGCUUUGCGGAGUCCCGGGAUUUCCGGGGUGGAAAUGAAAAUUUAUGAGAGAUGGUUGCAAGCUCUCCUUUCGUCGGCCCCUCGCUCGCGCGUUCCCGCGAGGCUCGCUUCCCUUGCCCACAUAGGAGAGCUUGCUCGCAGGCUACAAACCAACCACCAUACUUAAUCCAGUAAACUGUGCCAUGUACUUUGAUACAUGAGAGUCAGUAACAUUUUCAUUUAGUGUACCUAAUAUUUUAAGUAAACAUUAUUUCCACCAUUUCUUAUUGAUUUGUUGUUUGGUUUACAGUGUGCUACAUCGCUGGCCCUGUGCUGCUUUAUUGCAAGUGAAGAUCAUGAUGUGAGUUUUGAGUUCUAGAAGGAAUCUUAGUACUAAUUCAUGAUCAAAUUAGAGUACAAUGGAACUUCGAUUUAAUGAGCCUCUAGAUAACGAAGUCCUUGGUAUAACAAUGAAUGAUAUUCCUAGCCCCACUAAUAGUGAACAUCUGUAAAAGAACCUCAGUAUAAGAUUAUAACAAAACAUCCUUUUAGCGAACAUAUUUGGUCAGUCCCUUGCCCCUUCUUUAUACCGAGGCUUCACUGUAUAGGGUUGUUAGUUUUUCUGAGACAAAAAUGAUAGUUUCAGAAAUGCAACUUAUCUUCACUAUUGCAGAAUUCCUUAAGACCCUACAGCUGCACCAAUUGUGUCUUGUUCAGUCAUAAUAACCUUGAGAGCGUCUUUAAUGGGUGCCUUGCUGCUGUCUGCCAUGUUUUUACUGUCCCUUCAAGUGAUCCCUAGAGCCUUGACUGUCAUAAGUCGUACCAGUUCCCCGCUUGAUUAGAACAUGGCCUAUAUGGUCAGCAAUAGCUUGUUGUGAUAAAUUGGCCAGGGAAUCUAAGGGUACAUUCCUUUGGGUGAUCUGGAUCUGGAUCAAUGGUCCAAAAUCACUCAGAUCACGGUACAUAUAUGAACCGAUGAAUCCUUUCCCCAGGUCGAUUCAUUAUGUCAGCUGGUAGUAUUUUACCUUAAAGGAAUUUAAAAGUAAUUAUUCCUCUACAACAUUGUUUCCAGGAGCUAUUUGAGUGCUCAGCUGUCCUAGAGGCAAUUUUUGACAACAAGAAGACCGUCAAGCCAGAUGAAGUUCCACUUUAUGGUAGUAUUCUAGCGGCUUGGGCCCUUCUCUUGUCUGUCACACCAGAAAAUCAAGCUUACAUUCUCAUUAACAAGUGAGUAGCAAGAGCAUGCAAUCAUCUUAAGUUUUAACUGUGCCAUUCAAUUACAUAUAUUUGUGUUUUUAUCCAUCAUUUUAAUAGCCUGAGAAAGCAGCAGACAUUUGGCGACACUACCACUGGUUUCCCCACCAAAUGACGUCUGAGAAGCAAGCUCAGAAAUUCCAUACUGAUGACACGUCACUACGCAGAUCUGGGUAGUGCUUCUAAUUGGUUAGCUGCAAGGAAAUUUUGCUUCAGCCAAUCAUAAGCACCACCCAGAUCUGGGUAGUGACGCGUAAUCAGUUUGGAAUUUCUGCGCUUGUUUCUCAGAUGUCAUUUCAAGGGGAAACCAGUGGUGCCAUCGCUAAAUGUCUGCUGUUUUCUCAGGCCAUGAGUUUAUUUAUGACGAUCAGUGAUAACAUUAUUAUAAUGCUGAUUUUUCCCUCCACAAGGCACUUAAGAAGAAUGACAUUUCUUCUUCAAACAAGUGACCUCAGUGUGCGGAUUGCUGCAGGAGAACUCUUAGCACUUAUGUAUGAGAUGGGACGCAACGUUCAUGAGGACUUUGGUUACAGAGAUCGAAAUGGCGUUUGUGAUCUUAUAAGGGAACUUGCCACGGAAGGUAACAAGCACAUUGCAAAGAAAGAUCUGCGACAACAGCGGUCGAGCUUUAGAGACAUUCUGAAAACUAUUGAGGUAUGUAAUCUUUAUUAUGCCUCCCCCCAAAGACUUAGCUGUAUAGAGCCAAAAAUAAUAUUUUGAGUUUAUACCAGAUGAUGAUGGAAAGGUGAUUUAUGAAGUUAUGAAAUAUAUCAUGUACUGUAUGUGUUUGUUGAACAUGAAAGGCAGUGUUUUCACCUGAUAUCAUUACAGCAAGAAGUGGUUCUUAAAAACUAAAUUAAAGCAGAGAUUAAUGCUGAUCAAGUGUUUGUUAUAACUUGUCAAAUGAACUGAGAAAAUUUUCCAUUUUGGGACACCACCAGUGGUUUUCCUGUGAAGUAAAGUCUGAGAAAUGAGUGCAGAAAUUCCAUACUGAUGACAAUGUCACUACCCAGAUCCAGUUAGUGCUUCUGAUUGGAUGAAGCAAAUUUCCAACUAAUCAGAAGCUCUUCCCGGAUCUGGGUGGUGACGAGUCGUCAGUAUGGAAUUUCUGUCCCCAUUUUUCCCAUGUCAUUUUGUGGGGAAACCAACAUUGGCAUCGCAAAAUGUCAGCUGUUUUCCCAGGUUGCAAAUGGUCGAUGCUUCUCAAAGAAAUAAUUUGAAGCAAAUAAAUUAUUAUUGUCAAAUUGUGUGUGUCUGUAAAAAUCUCCAUACCCUUUAUACUGGAAAAGUAUAAAGGUAAAGUGGAAUUUCCAGAGGGGUGGGGCUGGCAGGGGGUCAAACCAAAGACCCUCUGUAGGGGGAGUUUGGAUUUUUCUGGAGCAAUACAUUUUAUUGUACCUGAUAUCUGAACUGCCUUCACAGUAGUAAUUUGUUUUCUUGUCUUGAAUAAUUUUACUUGAGACUGAAACAGUAGCGGGUUGCUAAUGCUGUUCUAGUUAACUUUUGUAUUGAUGUUAUUCUAUGCCAUCAUUUCUUGUCAGGAGGGUGUUGCCCCUGAAGAGGUGGUCAAGUUUGGAGCUGAGUAUAUGGAGUUAGAUAGUUGGGUUCGUCGGAGGCAGUACAUUGCACUUAAAGAUGCUCUUGGUACAGGGGUAACCCUUCACUUACAGGUAAAGGAAUCUUCUAAUCUGUUAUGAUCUCUUUGCUGACUCUCCUGUUAAGUGUAGUUAUUGACAAUAGCUCUCUAUACUUUGCCAUCCCUACUUCAAGGGCUUGAUAAAAAGAGGGUGUAACCAUGCAAGUGAAAAUGAUCUACACAAGUCUUGAUAUUAUUGUUACUCUUUUUGCCAGGAAAAUGACCUGCUUCGUGACAUCUUUGACUUAGGGCCUCAGCUUAAACCCACAGAUGUCCAUAAAACAUCUCGCUAUCAAAGGGUAAGCCUUGAUGUUUGGUAAUAAUGUGAUGUGGAAGUUGUGAUAUUUGGGUUAUCAUGUGAUGCAAAAGCCCUUAUGUUUGGCUCAUGAUAUAAUGAGAAAGGAUAAGCUAUAGUAUUGUCUCGGUCAUGCGUAUGAUUGGUUUUUCUGCCAAAAAGAGUUAAGGGUCUGUUAAGUGUUUAAGGUGAAAAUUUAUUUUAUACCUACAGCGGAACAGUCAAACAUUCAAACACAAAUUUUAUAUUCCAAAUUAUUUCAACCAGUUUCGUCUCCACACGGUGACUUGUGUCCAGUUCAAAUGUAAAACUUCUGCUGUGUUGAUUGUAAUCGAUUUAAGUGCAGCAGAAGUUUGAUGAUUCAAAUUUUGGAUGAUUUUUUUCUCAGUUUUCAUAUAUACAAUAAUAGAGUGUACAUGUCAUUCAACUCGGUGGAAAUUUGAUGUAACUUCAUACUCCUUUUCUUGUAAUGAGGUGUCAAGAGCAGUUAAACAUGUGACUUUCAACUUAAGACAAAAGUCAUAUUAAAUUUGACUGGAUGGAAUUCUGACAUUUGAACUGGACUUUGGAAACCAUAUAUAGCUAAUGGAUUGUUACACUGGAUAUUUACAAAAACAAUAACUGAUUCUUUGCAAUGGUUUUAUCUACAGCAACUUUACAACAAUGCAGUAUCCAAAGCCAGGACGCUGGUUCGUGGAAAGAACAGAGACAAGAGAAAUGCUUUUAUGUACUGAAUAUUACAUUAAUUGAUAAUAAUAAGAUAAUGGACUGUAAACAGUCCCCUACUUUUCCGUAAGGUCAUCGGGGUUUUAUAUUGAGGGCUUCCUUUAUGGGUGAACGUCUUGAUUUCAAUGGUAGUGCUUGAUCCCGAUGAUCUUACAGAAAAAUAGGGGACUAUAAGCAGUCUAAUAAGAUAAAUGCGAUGGUAUGUACCUUGUUCUGUAAAUAAUAUGUCAGUGGAUUUGCACCAUUAUAGCAUGAAGAAAGUAGUUUAUGUGUGGAUUGGGGGGGGGGGGGG